ACGGGACAGGAGCGCAAAAGGGUACGUCACGAGUGGCUCCUGAGUCACGAGCCUCGGAAAUGGUUUUUCAGAUGAAGGUCAGGGCAUCGUUGGGCCUGAACUGGUGGUUUUAUUGCUGAGGGAGAAUUUCAUGAUUCCCAUGAAUGAGUCACCAGAGUGACUCUCACUCUCGUUCCAAAAGGACAGAAUCACCUCGGAAAAUUCCUGAAAAUUUUCUUAGCGCAGCUCCCGCGGCAAAAUCGAUGCGCGAUUGCGCAAUUCGAGAGAGGACAUGACACCCAGCUGGACCCUCCUAUCAUCUCGAGAAGUUUCAACAAUCGUCUCGUGUUCACCGAAGACAUGACGAGACAACAAGAAUAUUACAGAGUUUCAAUUAAUAGUCAGGCAAGUCCCCCAACUGCGUAAGAUCAUUCUGAUAAAAAAAAAUAGCAGACAUGGGGACCCGGUCAGCAGCAUACACUCUCAAACUAUCCAGUCUCCACGAUUAUUAUCUGAGACUCCUCCAUGGAACUCAACCCACCCCCUCCGGCUUCGACAUGGCGAAUACAGUGAAAUAUUUUUCGCAAACAUUGCUGUCGCUGUUGAAAGAGGUGAGGGAAUCCCCACUGGAGAUGAUUAAGUCCCAGAAAUUCGAUGCUGAACGCAUGACGCUUUAUCCGAAUCUGGAUUACAAACAGUUGUACAAUGCUCUGACUCAGCUGAUCGACGUAUCCUCCUGUGUGCACAUCGGCCUUGCCGCUUUUGGUCAAGCGCUGCUGCAGUGCCUGGCAUCUCUGAUGCCAUUCCUGGAGCACGACCUUCUGGAUAAUUUACCUUAUCUGACGGCUAGCUCUAUCUCGGUGCUCCCACCCGAACUGCAUCAGGAAGUCGUCAAUCAUCUGUGCUUUUAUAUACUGCCGUUUACGAUAACGAGAAAAACCCUCGAUGAGUCAGAAAAUCACGCCAGUCAGUCCGUCUCUGCGGUGAUAAUGAUGAUCUUCCAGUACUCCAGCAAUCCGGCCCAUCACUGUCAACUCUUGGAGUGUCUGAUGGCCCUGAAGCCAAACGUUGUGAAAGAUAUUCUCUGCGUAGUGGCUUACGGUACAGCUCCAGCUAAGGCAUCAGCUGCAAAGCUCUUGUUCUACUACUGGCCGACCUUUAACCAGAACCUCUUUGAUCGGAGAGCUGUCCUUAUGAAGAUCGCCAAUGAUUUGGCACCAUUCGUUUGUCAGAGGAACUCCUGCCCGAAUUCCGGAAACGCUGAGGCCGGGAAAGUCUGUUACGAUCAUAGAAUAUCGAUAACUUUCGCAACUGAGUCACCACCUCCGCUCUACUUAUGCAUAGAAUGUGCCAAUGAGAUUCAUCGAGGUUGUCCCAAUGAAACAUUCUAUGAUAUCCUCCAUCCCAUGCAGCAGGUCUCCAUGGUCUGCGAAAACAAGAAUUGCAGAGCAACCGACAAAUCAGCAAUAAGCGUCUGCUUCUCGACAGAAUGCGCGAGUUACAACGGAAACCACCCAAUCCGCUAUUGUCAACAGUGCCACAAUAUCAGACACAACAACAGAAGAGGUGGAGAUCACGUCUUCCAUCUGGCAUUGCCCCACAUAUCCGAGAUGGAUGCCCAAACGCAAACGUACCUGGUUCAGGCAAUAGUCAGCCUGCUUAAGGAGGCAGAACCGCUAAGUAUGGAUAGUAACAGAGAUCCCUCUGAAUUAAAUACUAAUAAGGCCGGCAUAGGAUUCCCAGGGAGUGGUGUUACUGGUGCUAGUGGUAGUAGUGGAGUUGGUGGAAAAAUAGGACUUUGUGAUCCAACUACCCUCGAGGAACGACAACUACUUGGUCGCUAUGGUGUUUGGCUACUUGUUGGACUUUGUACACCAAAUCGUGAUACACCGAUUGAAAUACUUGGACGUUUAUUAUCAAUGUUAUUUCAUUGGUUUCAUGUCACUGCGUACUCAUUCGAUGGUACUAAAAAAAGCCUUAUGCACCUUAUCUUUUCUGUUGGACAAGCGGAAAGCACUUUGGAGAAACUCAAGACGGAGUAUGUUUGUGGUUGGCUAUCAGAAGUUAUGAAGACUCACUACAAAAUCUUCAUUUCUUGCUUGCUACCGCACCCAGCGGAUUACGUAAGAGUUGGCGGACAUUGGGAAACACUCGCCUCCAGGACUUCUCACUUGAAAGAUGGUCUGAACAGGCUCUUCUGUCUCGUUCCAUACGAAGUCAUAACGUCCGAAAUUUGGGACUACGUCAUGCCUCACUGGAUGGAGGCUAUGGUUAAUGAUGUUCCUGAGGAUGAACUCCAUGAACUGAAAAUGAUUCUCUGCAAAAUUUUGGAUACGGAGAUGAGCCCCUUGGGCUUCGACGCGAAGAAGAUGUACAACUUUGUCGCGAAGCGAUUCAUCAAUACCAGCGCUAAGGUUCAGGAGCAGGCUCUCAACUGGCUGCAGACCUUGACCAUGCUGGAGAUCACGAUUCCCUUGACUCAGUUAUUUUCAAUGUUCAGUGAUGGUGUGGCUGUAAUGGGCACAACGAAUACCGCUGAGUUCGAUGAGAAAUCUUACAGGACAGCUAAGAACAGCGACAACGAGGAUCCGAAUAUGAUUUGUCUUGUAGGUCCUGUCGUUGAAAAUGACUCGGGUCAGUCCACUCCACUAUCUGACGAUAUGGCGCCGAUCGCGAGGCACAUGGAGUUCACGACUAAUGCUGAGCUAAACCUGUCGUGUUGUAUCCUCAUGUUGGACAUUCUAUUGAAGCAGAUGGAACUUCAAGACAUUGAUAAACACACUGGCAUCAACACUUGGGUGUGUCGUGAUGCUUGCCAUUUGAUGAAGUCAAUCGUUGCAGCCAACUGGAAUGAUUGUCAUUCGUGUAAGGAGGAGAGCGAGUGCACCUACUGCGAGUCCAGAGUUAUCUGGCACCAGUUGUGUCUCCAGCUUGUCAUGUACCUCUGCCCGGAGAACGCAGCAAAUCCACCAGAUGUUAUCCUUGACGAAUCUGCUGAAGAUCAUGGCAGGAAGAGCCCGCCGGAGUCUUCGAAGAAGGGAGACUCAAAACCGGAUGUUGUUAUCAACAUGCCUGUCCCGGAGGUGCACCCUGUCUCCGGGGUCUUGGGUCACAUGCCCCACGUUAGCAAGUUCUUCGAACAGAUCAUGACAGCAACAGUAGAGACAGUUUCCGAGCAACUGGAUCUUGUUGCCAUAUUGCCGGCUGAAAAGGUCAUGUCUGCUGUUGCGCGAGCUGUUACUUUAUCAGAAUCUGAUGUUGCGACUGCUACGGCCAACGUCGGUAAGGCCAACAUUAUCGGUGAGGAUGAUCAGCCAGUUAGUCCGACCUUAGAGGCCGAGGCUGACGACUUCUGGCAUACGUCAGUCGGAAAAUUCCGGUUCAACAUUGAAGAGCUGCCCGAACAGCUUCAAUACAUCCAUCAACUCCUCAAGGAGAUCAUGACUGUAGAUAAGCCAGACAUUCUGUACUACAUGUUGCAGUGUCUAAAUAUCAUGGUUCUUCAUGGUGACGCCUUCACGACUGCCGUUAAAGAUCAUCAAGGAUUCUUCAUCUGGUGUCAGGAGAAUCUUCUCAUCAAGAAUCUUUGGGAGCUCCUCAACGCAGAGCACUCGCACAUUGCUCAGGUAACGGUCCCCCUUCUCCUCCACUGUAUCACACUUCAUUGUGGUACAGACACAUUUUGGCGACUAGUGCAGGAGGAAUUCCACAGUUCCGACUGGCGGGUUCGGUUUGUGGCUGUUGAGAGGGUGACCUUGAUAGCCAGGUUUAUGGAUUCCACCCCUCUGCGAAGUGUAUUGACCCUUCAGGCUGCUCUGGCUAACGCCUUCUGCUAUUUGAUCAGCAGUAUGGAUGACAGCAAUGUCUAUGUUGCUCAAAGAGCUACUUUGAAUUUGGGAACGAUCCAUGAUACUGCCGUGCGUAGCCUCAUCCUUUGCCUCGAAACCCAAUUCGAUUCAGUUAUCGUAGAUAGACCGAUGGUCCUCCAAUCGCUCUAUCAACUCCACAACAGUUUGAGCGAUCGCAAGAUCCUUACGUGGGAUUUUUUCUUGAAUCGAUUUGACGCACUUUUUCUCGAGGCACAAAUCAGCCUCGAGAAAUCUGGGGAUAUUUCUUGUUUGCGGGAUUUGCGAAAUACAGAUUUGAAUAGUGAUACGUUUAUGCGAAAACUACAUCGCGCGCAAGAGGCCCUAUCGCAAUCGGAUGGGAGUGGCGCGAGUUCAGUGAAAACCCUGAGCGCAAGCUUUGGUACAAAAUGGCCCUACAAGCGGACAAUGUCCGCCCCAGCAUCGAUGAUACCCCGGCAAGACACAAAACAAGAGAAGGAAAAAAUAUACAGUCGUCAGUACUCAGCACCUAUAUUGAAGCGGAAGAGCUCGAGAUUUGGCUUGGGUCAGUUGCUGGGGUCAACCCCGACUAAUAACAGUUUACCAGAUGGUCACGUUCAUUCGCUGAAUAUGGUGGAUGAGGUCGGGGCUCUCCCGGGAUAUACCCACAAGAUUGUGGAGUUGGAAGAGGCGGAUAAGGAGACCAUGCAUCUCCUUGUCUUCCUCUUCAUGCAGUUCCUAUCGAGGACUGAUCAGGCUUAUCCAACGGAUGAGAAGCCCCUGUCAAAGACCCAGGGAAUAGUCCUUCGACAUCUCUAUCUGCUUCUCGGCUACAAUCAAACAGAAAGGAUCUUUCAUCUCUCUCCGCAACGGCUUCGACUCUCUUCCGUAUUCAAUGUUUUCAUAGCUAACUUACCUCAGUUGUUGGAUCAGAACCAUGUGAUGGGAUGGAUGAUGAUACCUCCUGUUAUAGCGAUCCUUCAACAUUGUCCGUGUCCACCGUCGAAGCUUCCGCCAAUCGAUCAUCAGUCGGUUUCGUACAGUUUGUGGUAUCUCGAACCCACUGUACGACGAUCUUGGCUGAUGUCUGUAUUGGUCAUUCUUUAUAAGUGUCAGUACGGCCAGCAGCCGUGGUGUACCCAGCUCCAAUCUUUGAUUAGAAUUGUUCUGAAUACUUUGGAUGCUCAACAUCAUCAAUGCAAGCGAAUUCCCGCGAUGGUUGUUAUGGCUGGGCCACCGUCUCGAUCACGAGAUGUCUCCCAACCAUCUCUCGGUGCCGAGCAUGACCUAAUCGGCGUAGUAGGUGAAAUCGAUAAUGAAAGCCCACCAAUGCGCACCCAAAUAGUCUCUGUCCAUCAACGUAGUCCUGGGCCCAUUCUAGGCCAGCCUCACACUAUGGAGACUCACUGGGAGGAAUCGGCGUCCCACUACGCGAACAAGCAAACCAGCUACUCCAUCAAUGCUGAUGAUACGGAGUCCGAGCUCGCUGCAAUACCCGAGAGUCCGAAAUCCGACAGUACUUUGCACAGUGGGUCCCUCGGAGAAUUGGAGGACAGUUCGGUUCUGGCGGGGAGAAGUGCCAACAUGAUGAUGAUGAUGACAAGGACUUCUGUCCCGGGGGGUCUUCUGACCCGGAUGGAUUCAACGUCGGAGCCUGAACGAGCGAAGAGUGACGGCAGGCCCACCUGGUUUCUUGGGAACGAGGAUGACACCCAUCCGGUAAGUCUUACUUCAUUCCGUAAUCGUGCGAGGCAAUUGGCGAGGUUCGAAGGACUCUUUGAUGUACCUCAGGGGAAGCUCUCGGCCCUUCAGAAAAAGUGGAGUGUCCAGGAAGGUGUGAAAAUGAUGGUAGCAAGCACAUUGAUAACUGGUCAACAUGAUUUCACGUCCAAAGCCCUGUCAAAGACUCAGAGCAUACCCGAGAAGGCCCAGGGCCCUCCCGAAGUGUCUGUUGGCACUAAGGGAAGGCUUCCGACAACAAUUUCUGCCCUUGUGCCGACGGUUGGUAUAGCCCGUCUUCAAAAGCAAGAGUCCACUCCGCCGUUUGACAAAACCAGUCCCGCUUUGACACCGAAGUCUGAACAUACGGAAUCUCCAGGUCCAAAACAUCUCGGCAGACAGAAAAAUGUUGAACAGACACCACCCCUGACCUCUCCCGUUUCACCAUGUCAAACUUUAACGGCAGGAGGUAGCGAUGAUUCGAGCAGUCCAGCGAUGAGUUCCAUCUCCUCCCAAAGGACAUCAACCGACAAUGGCCAGCAUCCAGUGUGGAAUCCGCCGAAUCAACAAAUGAUCACAACUCCGAUGAUGGAGAGGCUCUUGCCGAUAGGCACAUCUGCGCGAUCUGCCCUGCAGCGAUCCAACCCGAGGAUCCUGAAGUGUGAGGAGGCAUACGGAUCUCCGGAGUCGCCUCUCUCGAAAAUGGACGUGCUGACUGUAAACUCUUCCUUCGAACAAGACAGCGAAACCUGUGCUUCGAGCGAUAUGACGAGCCCGAGAAGUAUGUCCCAGCUGGAGUUCCCCAUGCAGGAGAGAUUACUCCCCAUUGGGAUGAAUAGAGAAAGCGUAAGUGGUCUUGUGGAGAGAGUCAGACAGGCCCUGGGUGUUCCGGAAAUGGAAGACAAUGCUCACUCUGCCGAGGAGGACCAAGAGACCAGUCAUCCGCAGAAACAAGACAGCAUUGCUUCGGACAAUCUGUCUGCGACACCGGUGGCCACUGAGGCACCCUCGAGCAGGUGUGCCAGCCCCAGGAGACUCAUCAAACAGGUAGCUCUGGAGUCACCCCCACCUGUCGUCGAAACAGACGACUUCUGCUUUAGAGUUCUGGAUCACGAGAAGCGAGGAAGAUUGAGGGAUCACACUAGGGUCCCAAGGGACAGAUCACGAAGGGUUUACCCGGGACCUAGUCAUCACGUAAUCGGCCCUACCAAGAGAAUGGACUCUUGGGUAGGGCCUCAGCCACAUGGAACCAUGGAUUCGUCAGCCCAGCAAGCUUGUCACGCUGACUUUAAUCUUAAACAGAGUACCUUCAGGGUGGGAGAUGAUUGCAUCUACGACAGGUGCUCCGAAUGUGGAACGAUUAAAGAAGAGUAUUCAGAUGAGGAACUGGGAUUGUGCAUCAUCACUCUGGGUACUUUUAUCCAUAGAGAACCGGCCCUAGCUGCUCCGCUACUCCCAGACAUCUUUGGAAUCGUCACGAAAGUCGCUCAAAAUGCCAUCUACCCCUGGCAGACUGAGACAAAUCUACAUCUGCCAGGAGGUGCGGUGAGUGUUGCUCAUCAGUUCUUCAGAUGUGUUCUUCAUCAGCUAGCGCCGAAUGGGAUUCUUGUCCAGAUGUUCCAGACGCACAUCAAUGACGCUACCAGGAUGCAGUUCUUCAAAAGUGUCACACAAGCCCUCGUCGAUUUCAAUGAACUGAAUCCUAUUGCUCCCCUGCAAUUGCUGCUGGAGCCCAUGGGUCAGAAGGGACCUCUCCCUGUGGCGAAACUCCCGAUAAUGCUCCAUAAUAUCGCUUGUUACUUGGAUUGUCUUCCCCUGGAGGCAGGGCUUGGACCUGGAGCUGCCACAUGGAACGAACUUCUAAACUCUUUCGAUGUGAUAUUUAAGAAGCUGGUGCUUUUAUUGUCGUCUGUCGGUGAUAUCACGCCCGUCUUGAGGAUUAUGAUAUCAAUUCUGAAGGUGCCGGGGAUUCAUCAGACAAAGAGUCUUCUAGAUUCCUUCGCAAAGGUCCUCAGUUAUGCAAUCCACCACUCAAACCUGAAGUACAGUUACUUGACUGAUUUAUCGUAUCUCUGUCACCGGGCGUAUAUCCGGGAGCGGGAUAAACAUUUCCUGGCUCGGACAAUAGUCUUCGAGCUAGUCCAAGCGAUGAAAUUCAAGACCACAAUUCCAGACAACAAUUUCCUCCUCCUCCUUCAUUUCGUCCUGCAGGACGUCGGGGGAAUGUUACCCUCUACGGUCGCCAUUGAGGGCAUACAGAGUGAAAUAGCCUCUCAAAUUUACAAUACAAAUGCUUCCGAGUCCCUCAGAAAUCAGAUCCCUGAGAUUCUGGACUUUCUCGCUGAUUUCCAUACCCUGAGCAAGAUUAAGAGCUACAGCAAGGGAAUGCAGGAGGGCCUGAAUGAGGACACCCUGGGCGGAAUCCUUAAGUGUGGCUUCGCCCAGUAUUUAUCACUAGAGAUCACCCGGGGCAAUAAUAGGGAAAACAGGGCAGUGGCGAGGCACCUCCCCUGGUUGUACAGCGCUCCGUCGAUGGUUCCGCAGGGAGCCCGAGAAUACGUAGACACUAUAGGACACAUCAGACUACUGUCCUGGGUACUCCUGGGGGCAUUGACACACACAGCCAUGAGCUCGGGAAACAGCUCCCAUAGCCAUGGACCCCCAGUAUUAGUCGCCCAACCGAUCCCCCAGGAAGUCUCUUGCCACAUUGCUGAUCACAUUCAAGCAAUCCUUUCGGGAUUUCCCGAGCAGAGCAAGGCCUCUGUUCUACACAUGUCCUCACUAUUUCAUGCAUUCAUACUGUGUCAGCUGUGGACGGUCUACCUGGAGGAGAUAUCAAAGAACAAUUCUUCGAAUAGUGAAAGCUAUAACGUUACGAUGAAUAUUCUUGUGGAGUUCUGGGGAAAAGUCACACCGUCUGUUCUCCAGUUGGUGGCCACGUCCAAAGUGCUUGCUGAAAUGGUCAAUCUACAUUUUCUAAGUCUUUUAGAAGCCCUUCUAGAGUGUCAAUCUGUGCUUCUCAAUAAACUUCUACCCCUGUGGAGUCCAAUUCUGUAUUCACACAAUGCACAGCUAUCUGGACAUCUACAAAUGCGCUUGCAAAACUGUCGCAAUCUCCCACCGGGUCGCAUGGCCGAGCAAUUCAUCUCAACGAGACGAGAAUCAAACGCAGCAUUAUUGCGGUGGUUACACAGGCUCCAAUUUAAGAUGGGCCAGAUCGAAAUGCAGUCCUCGACUGUGACCACCCAAUUUUAUUCAAUUUGAGCAGCUAAUACUCAUUGGUGAUGUUUUAGUGUAGGGCAAUAUUGUAAUAUUGUUGAGUAUAAUAAAUUUAUUAUCUGUUUAUCAA